UUUAAGACAAAGUAUGGGUUUAUGAUUGAUAAAAAUAAUUAUUGAAGACUAAUAAUGGCCAAUAAAACAGCAAAAUUUGAAAAAUUAGUAGUGGGCGCGCUGAAAAAGUUGCAAGAUCUCCAAGGAUCCUCGCCAAAAGAAAUAACAGACUAUUUAUCACAAGAGUAUGACGUACCGUCUAAAGAAAUAAGAAAACAAGUGCGUUUAGCACUUCGCCGUGGUGUUUCUUAUGGAAUAUUACAACGGAAUGCCGGAGGCACAUAUACUUGCAACAGAGAGUUUAUAAAAGACCCAACCGAUCCUGAAGUGACAGAACCCUGUUCUUGGAUGAAAUUCGGGGGUAAAUCAAAAUCGAGGAAGAAUAAAGGCGGCCGCAGGAGCCGAAAAAAAUCCAGAUCUAAGCGCCGGCGCUCAAAAAAAUCAAAAUCCAAAAAACGCGGCAAAAGAGGAAGAAGAGGAAGGGGAAGCAGGAAAAGUAUGAAAGCUCGUAGAGGCAAAAAGACCAAAAGAGGCAAGAAGAAGAAGGAUGAAGAUUGCUUGGUUUACCUGAGGAUUGAUAAAAGUAAAAUAGCUAAGAAGAAAAGUAAGUCGAGAAAACGGAGCCAAAGUCGCAAGGGUAAAUCUCCUAGUUGUGGAUAAUUUUUUGAAUAUUUUAUACGGCCCUGCGUGGCCUUGCUGCCUAAUCAUAGUCUUAAUAAUGCGUUUUGUACUCGCGUUAUUUUUAUAUGAAUAUACACAGAAUAUUUUUACAAAAAGA